AACCUAGCUCACUAUUCAACUGGUGGGAGUGGCUAAAAGUUGGACUCACAAAAAGCUAAUUACAUGUGGCUUCAACGUAGCGUAAUUCUUAAAACACACACAAUAAACACAUUUCUAGGCGUAGAUUUUGUCAAUGGUUCAACAAUUCGAACUGUUGUCGCGCUAUUCCUUUGUUUUCUCAUUGGGUAAGACAAACAAAUCGUUUCUGGCAUUGGCGGAAUGUUGUGUCAAUCACGCCCACUGUUGGACAUUGGGCGGGGCAAAGAGUUAAGCCAAACUUUUUUUGAGCAGGUCAAGCUACCCAACGCCAAACCGGAAGCUUAUACUUACAGGACACAUUAUAAAUACAUUAUAGGAACAAAUAACACAUUUUUGAGCUCAAAACACAUUAAUAUUGAGUACUGUAAUAUUAAAAAACAACAAGAUAAGAUUACACCAACAAAAAACACAUUUAAAGGUGUCGAUACUGUUAACAGUGGACAGUUGACCGGAAGUUGUGGCUGUUCGCUUCCAGCACUUGACACAAAACUUUUUCCCUCCCCCUCUUGGGUCUCUCACUCAUGACCGCCUUCCUCCAUCCAUCCGACCGUCCAUCUAUUGUGGACUCGGCGCCGAUGGGUAAACGGGUCCCGCUAGCUCGCCACGCCGAAGAAGAAUGGAGACGGUGGAGCAGCUCGUCUCCUUCCACCACAUUCAGGUGCAGCUGAGCGGGGGAGCACCGUGGGGCUUCACGCUCAAGGGGGGCUUGGAGCACGGAGAGCCGCUCAUCAUCACCAAAAUUGAGGAGGGAGGGAAGGCGGCCCAGUGCAAGAAGCUCAAAGUGGGUGACGAGCUCAUCAACAUAAAUGGCUCCGCCCUCUACGGCAGCCGACAGGAAGCGCUCAUCCUCAUCAAGGGCUCCUACAGGAUACUGAAACUCGCCGUCAGGAGGCGCAGCGUCCCAUUCAUCAGGCCUCACUCCUGGCACCUGGCGAAGCUGUCCGAGCUGCCCUUACCGCCCCCUCCACCUCCACCCCCGUCUCCGCCGCCCAGCAUCCUUCCACCCGCUGAUUCCCCCCCACUCCCGCCGCCUCCCCCUCCUCCACCUGCCAUGCAGCUCCAUCCUGGCGCUUACACACUAGCCUGGCACACAAGUGACCACAGUGACUUGCCCAUGCAGUGGGGUCAGCUGUCCAGGCCGUACUCAUCCACCGACCGUAGCAGUUCCCUGGGCUCCAUGGAGAGCUUGGAUACGCCCACACCCGUCACACAGCCUUACUCUGACUCCCUCAGUUCGCCUGUUGACCCAGCACUCUUCAACAACAAGAGAGACUCCGCCUACAGCUCCUUCUCUGCUAGCUCAAACACCUCCGACUACGCUACAGUGCUGCUCCGACCUGGUGAAGUGUGCUCCAUGGACAACUUGCUUCAAAGCUUGGGGCCGUCUUGUCCUGGCUUUGCCAGUGGGGAUCGCGGAACGCUAGUUAGUACAUCCCGUGAGGCCUCGGAUGUGGAACAGCUGAUUGGACUGAAGUCCAUGUCACUGACCAGGCCGAGGCUCAGGCCUGUAGAAAUCAAAGAGAGGCCCUCCUCCUGUUCUUAUGAGGAGGAGAUGAGGGCAGGAGACUGUGAUAUAAAUGGUGAAAGUGGAAUAGAAGGAGAAGUGACUCCCACUCAGCCUCCACAUAGAAAGGACAGUUUCAAAACAAGCAGGAGUUGCUCUAAUGUGUCAAACAAACGCUGUGCUUCAGCUCCUAUUGAAAUGUGCAGUGUUCCUUGUUUCUAUAAGGAUGAUAUGUCUUCUGCAAAUAGUGAACCGGGAACUCAUAAUGGUUUCCUUCAAGUCCAAGACGGCAAUACUGGACAUUUAGGAUCCUGCUAUAGCCAAAAUGAACAACUUGGUUUUAAUACGAGUGCUCAAAAGGACUACAGUGACGAAACAGAGCACCUCUCAGACCUGGGUGGGUUAUCUGUGGUUGCUUCAGACCCCUCAGUGGAUGCUCAGGGGCAUAUUCGUGUCAUACCCUCUCAGACCAAGCAUCCUUUUGCUGGUCAGCAUCAGCAAAAUGACUCUAAUAAUGUCCCGCAACUUCAGUUUUUGCAGUGUCACAGUGACAACUCACUAGAAACUUCUAGUCAGUUAGAUCCCUCAUGUAGCACCAAGUCGUCCCCUUUACCACCGGGCUUAAUGGAGAACCAAGAACCCUCAAACAAUCUUUCUUUGGAACCACCAAACAAAUGGGACGGAAACCACUGCUCAACGCCUGGAUCUGUGUUCUUGGAGGAGGGCGUGGAGGAAGAAACGAGAAUACAAAGCAACUCCCUCCCUCUGAUUCAGCAUCACCAAUCCUGGAGCCGCUCUGUGAGUGUACCCGAGGAACCAACAGGGACAUCAGUGCAGGGUAUCCUGGUUUCUGACCAAAUACUCGGAAGAGAUUUUCAGCCUCUUAGUGCUGCUGUCAGUGUUGAUACCUUAAUGGAAGAGCAAACGGCAGGCGAGAGCAGAAGUGGAGAAAAAUCUGAGGACAAUACCUCUAUCAAGGCCACCAUGAAGAAGUCAUCCAGGAACCAUCGUCGAAACCGCCGCCAUAGUGAACGCUUUGCAACCAACCUUCGAAAUGAGAUCCAGAGGAAGAAAGCUCAACUGCAGAGUAGCCGCGGCCCAGGAGGGUUACUCUCUACUGGUGAAACUGUCCAGGAAGAGGAGGGUGCAGACCUCCACUUGGAGCCUGAAGAAGCAGAAAGUAGAACCAAAGUUGUGUUUGCCCCAACUGUUAGUGCAGCGGAGACAGCAGUAGAUGAGAAAUCAAACUCUUCAUGUCGGAUAACCUGUGGUGAUCCGCCUGCUCAACCUCCACCCACAACUACAGCCAUUCAGAUUGUGGACCCAGGAGUGCCUAAUUUUGGUGUUGGCAUUCGAGUUGUGGAGGAGCCAGCUCCUGCCGGCAAAGCUCGCCGCUGGCGUUGGACUCCUGAGCAUAAACUCCAACCAGAACCAGAACCAAGCAAACUGUAUGGAGUUGUUGGAGAGAGCAUGUUAGGGGUGACCCAAUCAAAACAUGGGGUCUGUGCCUUUACCUCCUCUUCCACCCACUCAGGUGGUCGCUCCUCUUCCUGCUCUCGGAUGGAGGAGUCUGACAUCCUUCCAUUUGCAGACAGAAGGAAGUUUUUCGAGGAGACGAGCAAGUGCGUUGCAGCAUCAACAGUAUCUAGUCUGUUGGGUCGCACACAGAGAAAGUCCCAGGAGGUGGAGCAUGUUCAGUACAGACACCAAAGGAGAUACUCCUACCAAGGGGGGCUACAGCAAGAAAAACUAAACCCAAUGGAAGCCAGGAGGCCAUCAGUGUGUACCAGCCAGGAGAGACAGCGGGAGAAGGAGAGGGACCAAAUGAAGGAAUGGGAGGGAAGAGCCAGAGUACAAGAGAGGGAUGAAAUGUUGCAAGAAAUAGAGAUGCAGCAGGAGAAGGAAAGACAGGAGAGGGAAUUUGAAAUGGAACGAGAGAGGCUCAGGGAGAAGGACAGAGAGGAGAGGGUGAGACGGUGGGAAAUCGAACGUGAAAUUGAGCUUGAGUUAGAAAGGGCAAAGGAGAAGGAAUAUCUUAAAAAAGAAAGUGAAGAAGAGCUGCAGCGACCAAAAAAUGCUUUUUUCAUCAGUUCUUGCACCAGAGAAAGAAAUCAGGACUUUCAUGACCAGAACGUGCAUCCCAAGCAUUGCGGCACAAGUCUCCUCCAGCGAUCUGCAUUCUACCCAGUUAACCAACCUUCACAGGCAUCUUUGGACACAAGGAGUUACACCCCGACACAAGCGCAGUAUCCUGCCUGGCAACAGGAAACAAGCAAGCUGAACAGGAAGUACAGCUUGACGGAGAGGGACUACACCAGCUGGAGACGAGAACAACACAGAGAGGCUCCCCACCAGGGAUCAUGGACCCCCAGACGGUUGGACAGUUGCAAUGGACACAAUGUGGCCCCCCUGCCAGCGCCUCUCUCUGUCAGGGGACGCGCCAUGUCCGAAAACGAUAUCUGCUUCCCCAACAGUCAGCACUGGAUGCCGUCGCAUACCUCUGCUGUCAAUCAGACACUGACUGACGUCAAAGAACGAACAGCUGACGUCCGGGGGGAGGUGGUACACAGCGCACAGUUGACCCACAGGAAGAAAAACCCACCUCCGAGACCACCGCCCCCCAAGUGGGAGCAGUUCCACCGCAGGCAUGCGUCCCAACACAUGGUGUUCUGCUCUUCUUCUACUGCGCCUCCACAACAUACCUCCACAGAGCAUCUGAAUGCUGAACCGUGCCGACAGAGGUCAUACAGCCUCCCCCCGCAGAGACAGGAAGUGGCAGAGAACUGCCCGCGCUGUAGUUGCAACCAACCUCGGCCCCCAGAACCCGCCUUUUCGCACAUCCCAUCCAGUUGCCAACAGUUCCCAGAGCCCUCCAUUGCCCAGUUCAGUCCCAUGUUUUCCAGGCGGGCCUUCAGGCCUGUGGCUCCACCCACCAGGGAGCGGGAGGGGAACUUAGCUGCCAUGUACUUCCAACAGCCCGAAAGGGUGACAACGCCCCCUCAAGCACCUGGGAGCCUGUGCCUCAACAGUCUAUUUGAGGCAGACACCAGUCGUAGUGAUCUUCACAAGCCGCCACCGGGCCAGAGACCUGGCACUGUGUGGGAUAGAACGCCCUCUCCCAGAAUUCAUAGCAAUAAUGCACUUCCACCUGUCUUGGAAGAUGGAUGCCUUGGUGGUGUGUUGGCUUCUGGGCCCUUCUCUGUGCUGGACUACAAGCAGCAGCAGCAGCAGCAGCAAAGUCUUGACCUGCCAAGGCCCCCAGAAACUGGAACCGAAUCGGAGAUGACCCUAAGCCCCAGCCCCGCGCACAGCAUGGAAGCAGAACUGGAUGUCCCCUUGGAAACAGACAUCGACGACUUCCAGGAGGAUGAUAGACUUCCUGUGGAGGAUGACCUGUUAACCAGCGAGCUUCCUUGUUUUGCGCUGCCCGUCAACGUCUUGGAGACAGAUAUCGACACUUUGCCGGACCCACAAUCCGCGUCAGAGUGUGGAACCAGAAGAGAUGAGAGCGGCUCUGUGGAGGAAGAGCUGGAGAGCUGCAGGGAGGGACUGAGCCUGGAGGAACUCUUCCUCCACAAUAGCAAGGGGGAGACAGGCACGGAGAGCUGGAGGGGAACAUUUCAGAGUGUGGAGCACAACACUGACAGCUUGGAUAGGCGGUCCGGCACGAGCUCCAGCUGUUCGUCCUAUUACAGCACAUCAGCUGCCAAGGCUCAGCUCCUGUCCCAGAUGAAGGACUUCAGUGAUAACAAGGAGCAUGAAGAGGAUGACGAGCUCACCUACAAGAGACAGUUGAUGGAGAGCCUACGCAAGAAGCUGGGGGUCCUGAGAGAAGCCCAGCGUGGACUUCAGGAUGACAUCCGUGCCAAUGCGCAGCUGGGCGAGGAGGUGGAGAGCAUGGCGGUGGCGGCGUGCAAGCCCAACGAGGUGGACAAGUUCCGCAUGUUCAUCGGUGACCUGGACAAGGUGGUCAGCCUGCUGCUAUCGCUGUCGGCCCGCUUACUCAGGGUGGAGACCACACUGGACACGCUGGACCCAGAUACCGAUGAGGACGAGAGGCUCCCCCUGCUGGAGAAGAAGCGCCAGCUCAUGAGGCAGCUCUCAGAGGCUCAGGAUCUGAAGGACCACGUCGACCGCAGGGAGCAGGCUGUCAGCAGGGUUCUGGCACGCUGUCUCUCCCCGGACCAGCACAGAGACUAUAGCCACUUUGUGAAGAUGAAGGCCGCCCUGCUGGUGGAGCAGAGACAGCUGGAGGACAAGAUCCGGCUGGGAGAAGAGCAGCUGAGGGGUCUAAGGGAGAGUCUAGGGCUGGGCCUUGGUCUGGGAAUGGGAAUGUCAAUGGGUUAUGGACAGUUCUGACUAUUUAUUCCUUUUUAAAGCACAAAUGUAAGUAGCAUUCAAAAGUGCAUGCAAAGACCCUGAGGUUCUUGGACCAAAACUAAACUGCACCAACAUCUUAAAAACACUCGGGUUGCCAUGCACACAAUCGACUAUGACAAAGGAGCGUGCUCAGAACUUCAAGUAUAUUCACGACUUUAAGAACACUUGCCAUGAUGUGCCUGCUAGAUGUACUGUAAGACACUACACUUGUGUGGAUCUCACGACCAAAGAGGUGUGUUUUUUUUUUUUUUUUUUGGUGCUUCACAUUUAGAAGUUUUCUUCAGUAUUAUUUUUGGUUUUGUUGCUGGCUGACACCCUGCAAUUGUCUAUAACAUCAUAUUUUGUUUGUAUUUUGAAGCUAUUUACUGUGUGGAGUUUGAUACUCUGGUCACAUACAUGUACAGAAAACUCUUUUGUGUAUAGUGUACACAUCAUGUAUAUAGAGGAUUUCAAUAGAUUGGAAUGGCUUGUAUGGAAUGCUUCGAAAAAGUAAGUGUAUAUUUUGACCUUUUUUCCAAUUUUGUAACUGCACGAGUUCACAAUUUAGAGAAGCAAGUUUGGUCAGGACGGAAUUGAGCAAUUAAGCAAUCAAGGCAGGCAAGUUUGUGUCCUUUGUGUUUGUUAUCCAGCCUUCAUCAUCCAUUAAACUUUUACAAAGCGCCCGCUGUCCUCCUCUGCCUCCACCUCCUGGUGAUUUGUGAUCUGGGCCAAAGUCCCCCGAAGCUUUAAGCACCAGCACUGACCCUUGGACAAGGGCGGUUUUAGUUUCAGUAAAUCAAGUUUAGGAAGGGUUUUAUUGGAUGUAUUUUGUGGAACGAAUAUGCACUAAG